AUGGCGCCCUCCUCUGCCUUGUCCUCCACCUGGUCCACGUGGUUCCAGUUCCAGCACAGGAAGUGCAGCAGGUUGAGCCCUGCCUCGGCCCUGCUCAACGGAUCCAGUGGCCUUGGCAUGACCCUUCCGGCCAGCCCAUGUGAGGCCAGCACCGAGGACAACUCUCUUCCAGCUGCAAGGACAGCCAAGGCCUUCCUGUACCAUCCGCUGGGCCUGGAGAACUCCACACUCACGGUGCUGAAGGAGCAGCUGGGAUUUCAGUCACAAGCAGAGUUCAUCCUUGGCAGCGUGGACGCCAGCGCUGCCGGGCAGUACUGGUGCUGGUACCGAAGAGGGCUCCAGUGGUCAAAGCAGAGCAAGGCCGUGGGACUGGGUCAGCACUUGGUGUUGACAUCAGGAGACAACAUCACCUUCCAGCGUCAUUCAGCAAACACCUCAUUUGAUCGAUUCACCCUGGUCAAGGAGGGAGACGCCUCUCUGCCACAGCAUCAAAUGAGGGACACCAGGGGAGCUUCACCUGGGCCCCAUGAACCCCAGCUUCACAGGAAAGUACAUUUGCUAUGGUUGGCACAGCAGCAGCCCCCAGGUGUGGUUGGCACCCAUCGAGGCCUGGAGCUCAUUAUCGCAGGAGAGCAAAUUGAGACUGAAUUGAGCAAUCAGUGCAUGAUCUUGGGUUUAAACCAUAAAAACCUGGCCGUGGUGACAGAAAGAGCACCAGCCCAAGACCCAGAAGCACACUGCAGAGAAUGCGGUGCAGCUGGCCCAGCAGCGCUAGUCCUCCAAGCGCUGCUGGCUUUGGGCGUGGACCACUGGCACAGCAACCAUGAGGAGCACAGGGAGCGAACAGCACUAGGGGACCUGUCUUCGGCCCAGAGCAGCUCGAGGGCCAGCAGCACCAGGAGCGCCAGGCCGAGCCGCAGGACGAGAUAG